AUGGAUUCUUUGAAGACAAACCAAGUGCCCAUCCAGAAGCCUGUGAGAUGUCUGUUCCCCCAAGAAGAAACAUCUGUCCCUGUUACCAACACACAAGCCGUGCCAGCCCGUCCACAGACCACCCGUUUCAGCGUCACUGAUAUCAUCAAGUUUUCCAAAACAGAAGACAGCCUGAGCUCGGAUGACAGUGGAACAGACGCUCUCCACAUCGCGCUAGAUUCCUCAGCAGACGACACAUCAGCAGGAAACAGUAGUAAUAAAGUCGACAUGUCAGCUUCUGACACCCGGCCAGCUUUGGCAAGACGGCCUCUCGUCCAACAGGAACACUCUUUUGCCCACUCAAGUCCAUUGAUCAGUGAUUACCCCCGUCCGGCAAUGUCUUUCUAUCAUGCCCUUCCACCAGCCGGUAGUUUCACCCCACUCCAUACCCAGUUACCACCCAUCAUGUUCCCAUCUACGUACCCAGGGUUCCUGCCGUAUCAACCCCCGGUUUUCUCACACCUGCCAUCCCACGCGAUGACACUGCAGCAUCAAAAUGAUACCAACAGGGUACUGUCAAACAGCGACGAAAGCGAUGAUGAAGGCAAUGACUCUAGAAGCUGUUCUCCACCAAGCAUCAGGGACCAAACCAGUCCAGCCAACAGUCUCACCUCCAGUGGUGUGUACAGCAACGCGAGUCCAAUCGCCAGUCCUGUCCCAAGUCCAUCCGAGUCUUUCCAUUCUGCACCAUCUCCAGUCAAAUCUCCGAUGGCCAACAAGAGAGCCCGAGCACCUGGCGGCCGCACAUGUUACGCCCCGAAUCAGGUCCGAGCCAUGGAGAAAGCCUUCAUAGACAACAAAUACCCAGACUACGAUGUUCUAGAAAAGAUGUCUGCUGAGCUGGAAAUACCCGUCAAGAAGAUAAAGGUUUGGUUCCAGAACAAGAGGGCACGUAGCAAAUCCCGUUAUCCCGAUAUGUCCGCCCACACCAUGGCUGCCUCGAUGUCUGCUGUCGGAUAUGGCUAUUUGCCCGGCGCCAUGCCACUUCCGUUUACCGGCGGCCCUCGCAUGAUGCCUGUCUAUCCGGGAUACCCGUAUCCUGGAAUGUUCCCGUCGCCAAUGUGCUGA